GGCUGGCUCCCUCCGGAGGCUGGGCCACCGGGAGCGGGGCCUGUGGGCCGCGGCCGCAGCGAAGCAUUGGAGGGCUUCGGGUGGCAUCGCGGGCCGCGCGGACCCGGGUAUGAACGGGCUCCCCUCAGCCGAGGCGCCGGGCGGCGCGGGCUGCGCUCUAGCCGGCCUCCCGCCGCUGCCGCGCGGCCUCAGCGGCCUCCUCAACGCCAGCGGGGGCUCGUGGAGGGAGCUGGAGCGCGUCUACAGUCAGCGGAGCCGCAUCCACGACGAGCUGAGCCGUGCCGCCCGCGCCCCGGACGGCCCCCGCCAAGCCGUGGGGGGCAGCAGCUCGGGCCCUGCAGCUGGCCCCCGCCGCCCGGUCAACCUGGACUCCGCGCUAGCGGCUCUGCGCAAGGAGAUGGUGGGGCUGCGACAGCUGGACAUGUCCCUGCUGUGCCAGCUGUGGGGCCUGUAUGAGUCGAUCCAGGACUACAAGCAUCUGUGUCAAGACCUGAGCUUGUGCCAGGACCUGUCGUCCUCCCUGCACUCGGACAGCUCCUACCCACCCGACGCCGGCCUGUCCGACGACGACGAGCCUCCCGACGCCAGCCUUCCCCCAGACCCUCCGCCGCUCACCGUGCCCCAGACCCACAACGCCCGUGACCAGUGGCUGCAGGACGCCUUCCAGAUCAGCCUCUGAGAAGCCGAGGUGGCUAGCAAUGCGCCCGCACAAAAGGCUCAAAACUUGCCCCUCCGCAGGUCCUUAGUGCCUGCUCCUCACCGGACCGCCUCACCUCACUCCAGGAGGGCAAGGCAUCUUACCCAUCAGGCAAAGCGGCCGAGACACAGCCUCGGCCCGGUGCCCUGGGCUUCCGCCUCUCCAACAUGUGUGCACCCUAGCUUGGCCAGCCCUUAGUCUGACCGUGGAGCUCAAAGUAUCUUGCACUCCCGCUGGCAUCUCUGGGACCGGGAUGAGUGCUUAGCUUCCAUCUCUUUUUACGUCUUUUGCUGCUACUUGCAGCUGCUGGCUCAGGGGCGUCCCUACCUACGGCCCCAGGGUUUCACUACCUGGGACAAGGGCUCCAGGACCCAUCUCUGCAGCCAUUCAGGGCCAGAGAGGCUGAGGUCUCUAUGCUGGAUAUGUAAGUUUAGAGGCCAGUUCCUGGAUGGGAAAAUAAAUAAAUACUUUGAACAUUGUA